AUGCUCCUUCUUGGGGUUGCCCUUGCCCAAAAUGUGACGGAGAAUACGAGGGAUCGGGAGAGCUCCGUCUUUGGAUACGUCGCUUUCCCCCGAGUUUUCGAUGGCGUGCUCGUCGACAAUCUCGAAACCCCAGUCCAGUUCCGCGGGAUCCUGUACCUGAGCUUCGCGGCCUGGAAUGCCUGGUGCAACUACCACCCGACAGCCGUUGACAUGUUCGGUCGCGACAAGUUCAAGCGCCCCGCCGAAGAGCACACGCGUGACAACAAGAACGUCGCUGUGUUGUACUCGCUCUACCGCGUGUACCAGGCGUCUCCACACAGCUUUGGUGGCGCGCAGGGACUACCGCUGUAUCGACAGAUGAUGAGGGAGAUGGGGUACGACCCCAACGACCAGAGCAUGGACCUAACGACCGCCGUCGGCAUUGGAAACAGGGCCGGGCGCGACACCGCCCGCCUCAUGCGCAUGGACGGCUGGAACGGCGAGGGUGAUAUCAGCGGCACGCCGAAGGGAUACAGGCAGCCGUUCCUCGACUACACCAAUUACAUCCCCAAGAAUACGCCGUGGAGGCUGCGCUACCCCUUCCGCUGGCAGCCACUCCUCGAGAACAACGGGCGCGGGUUCUUCUUCCGGCAGGAAUCUGUGACGCCAUACGCCGGGUCCGCCAUCGCGUUCAGCCUUACGCCCGAGGAGGUGAAGAGGCGCAAGGUGCCGUCCCCGUACAAAAAGGGAUCUGUUCAAGCCAAGAACGCUCUACCCGAGGACAUCAAGACGCUGAAGAGGAACGCCAAGGAGGUGCUGGAGGUAUCUCGUAAGCUGACCGAGAUGCAGAUGAUCUACGCGGAGCUGUUCGAUAACAAGGCGAAGGCGUUCCGGACGAAGGAGAACCCGUUCGGACUCGGCGGGAUCGCGACGGCGAUCCGGUUCAGCGUGCUGGCGCCGGCGCUGGACUGGAACCUGGACGAGGAGAUGAUCUACGGACUGGGGGCGAACAUCGCGACGUUCGACUCGAUGGUGACAGCGUGGAAGGAGAAGCGGCGCGUGGACGGGGUGCGGCCGACGGGGCAGACGAUGGAGUACCUGUUCGGGGAGAAGCAGUUCUCCGUGUGGGGCGGGCCGGGGCGGCGGCCGGUGAAGAUCAGGGCUGGUGACUGGAGCCCGUUCAUCCGAACGAUGCCGCACGCGGAGUUCCCGUCGGGCAGCUCGUGCGCGUGCACGGCGGUGGUGGAGCACGCGCUGAUCAACACGAAGAACAGGGACGACUUUCCGUUCCGGUUCACGGUGCCGAAGGGGUCGAGCAAGUUCUACCCGGGGCAGCUGCCGAGCAGGGACACGGACGUGGAGAUCAAGACGCUGAGCGAGUGGGCGCAGCUGUGCGGGGAGUCGAGGCUGUACGCGGGGGUGCACUUCAAGCCCUCGAUUCAGGCGGGUAGCGACCUGUGCAAGGGCAUCGCGCAGUCCGCGCAGGAGCUCACCGAUAAGCUCGUCGCAGGGUCACUCGACGCCAAGUGGAUGAAGUGGCUGCCGGAGGGGGCCGACAGGUUUUGGGAGACGGAGUAA